AUGAAGAUGUCCUCGCUCUUCGCCUCUCUCUUGCCCCUGGCUCUCUGCCUCGCCCUCCUCGGCCACAGUGGCGUUGCCGCUCACGGCGGUCACCACGCUGCCACCAACGCCUCCGCCGCCACCAACGCCACCACUGCUGCCAAGGCCUCCACCACCAACCUCGUGGACGAGGUCUGCGCAAAGUUGAAGCGCAAGGACCUGUGCGUCUUGAGCCUCCAGUCUGUCCCGGAGGUCGGCUCGGCCACCGACAUCGGCGUCCUCGCCAUCGCCGCUCUCCGCUUUGCGACCACCAACGCCAGCGACACGUCAGCGCACAUCCAGGGCCUGCUCAAUGACAUCACGCUCGCGCCCGAUGUCCAGCAGGGGCUCAGCGACUGCGCCGAGCACUACGUAGAUGCGGUCGAGCAGCUCGAUGACUCGCUCGCUGCGCUGACCGUGAAGGCAUACGGCGACGUGCACACGUGGGUGCAGACGGCCAUAGCCGAUGCUGACGCUUGCGAGGCUGUGUUCCAGCAGGUGGCGACUGGGCAGGACCUCUUGUCUCAUAGGAACCAGAUCUUCCGGCAGCUGUGCAACAACGCCUUGGGCAUCGUCAAGCUCCUGAAGGCUUGA